CGGGUCCUAAGGAGUCUUAACGCGCCCGCCCGCAGCACCCGGCCUCGGUCACUGCCGGUCGCUUCCUGAGCCGCCGCUGGCUCUGUGUCACUGUCCUCAGCGUCCUCGUCCUCGCCCUACCGCGCCAUGGAAGGUUACCAUAAGCCAGAUCAGCAGAAGCUCCAGGCCCUGAAGGACACAGCCAAUCGCCUGCGCAUCAGCUCCAUCCAGGCCACCACCGCGGCAGGCUCGGGCCACCCCACAUCAUGCUGCAGCGCUGCCGAGAUCAUGUCUGUCCUGUUUUUCCAUACCAUGCGCUACAAGGCCCUGGAUCCCCGAAACCCUCACAAUGAUCGCUUUGUGCUCUCCAAGGGCCAUGCAGCUCCCAUCUUAUAUGCGGUCUGGGCUGAAGCUGGCUUCCUGCCUGAGGCCGAGCUGCUGAACCUGAGGAAGAUCAGCUCUGACUUGGACGGUCAUCCUGUCCCGAAACAAGCCUUCACCGAUGUGGCCACUGGCUCCCUGGGCCAGGGCCUGGGAGCUGCUUGCGGGAUGGCAUACACAGGCAAAUACUUUGACAAAGCCAGCUACCGAGUCUAUUGCAUGCUGGGAGAUGGGGAGGUAUCCGAGGGCUCCGUCUGGGAGGCCAUGGCCUUUGCUGGAAUUUACAAGCUGGAUAACCUCGUUGCCAUCUUUGACAUCAACCGUCUGGGCCAGAGCGACCCAGCCCCGCUGCAGCAUCAGGUGGACAUCUACCAGAAGCGCUGUGAGGCCUUUGGCUGGCACACCAUCAUCGUGGACGGACACAGCGUGGAGGAGCUGUGCAAGGCCUUUGGUCAGGCCAAGCACCAACCAACAGCCAUCAUUGCCAAGACCUUCAAGGGCCGCGGGAUCACAGGGAUUGAAGACAAGGAGGCGUGGCACGGGAAGCCCCUCCCCAAAAACAUGGCUGAGCAGAUUAUCCAGGAGAUUUACAGCCAGGUUCAGAGCAAAAAGAAGAUCCUGGCCACGCCCCCUCAGGAGGAUGCCCCUUCCGUGGACAUCGCUAACAUCCGAAUGCCUACCCCACCCAGCUACAAAGUGGGGGACAAGAUAGCCACCCGGAAGGCCUAUGGACUGGCCCUCGCCAAGCUGGGCCACGCCAGUGACCGUAUCAUCGCCCUGGAUGGAGACACCAAGAAUUCCACCUUCUCGGAGCUCUUCAAGAAGGAGCACCCAGACCGGUUCAUUGAGUGCUACAUUGCUGAGCAAAACAUGGUGAGCAUCGCUGUGGGCUGUGCCACACGUGACCGGACAGUGCCCUUCUGCAGCACUUUCGCCGCCUUCUUCACGCGGGCCUUUGACCAGAUUCGCAUGGCCGCCAUCUCUGAGAGCAACAUCAACCUCUGUGGCUCCCACUGUGGCGUGUCCAUUGGGGAAGACGGGCCCUCUCAGAUGGCCCUCGAAGACCUGGCCAUGUUUCGGUCAGUCCCCAUGUCCACCGUCUUUUACCCAAGCGAUGGAGUUGCAACAGAGAAGGCAGUGGAGUUAGCAGCCAACACAAAGGGCAUUUGCUUCAUCCGGACCAGCCGCCCAGAAAAUGCCAUCAUCUACAGCAACAACGAGGAUUUCCAGGUCGGCCAAGCCAAGGUGGUCCUGAAGAGCAAGGACGACCAAGUGACAGUGGUCGGGGCUGGUGUAACUCUGCAUGAGGCCUUGGCUGCUGCAGAGAUUCUAAAGAAAGAGAAGAUCAGCAUCCGGGUGCUGGAUCCCUUCACUAUCAAGCCCCUGGACAGGAAGCUCAUCCUAGACUCUGCCCGGGCAACCAAGGGCAGGAUCCUCACCGUGGAGGACCACUACUACGAAGGUGGCAUAGGAGAGGCAGUGUCUGCUGCCGUAGUGGGCGAACCUGGAGUCACGGUCACUCGCCUGGCUGUCAGCCAAGUGCCACGAAGCGGGAAGCCAGCUGAGCUGCUGAAGAUGUUUGGUAUUGACAAGGACGCCAUUGUGCAAGCUGUGAAGGGCCUUGUCACCAAGGGCUAGGGAGGGCAUGGGAUGCAGGAGUGGGUGAACUACACAUUCCAGGGAGGUUCUGGCGAAGGUGCUCGAAGGUGUACUGAGAGGGGAGGUAAAUAUAUGUUUUGAGAAAAAAAUUAAUCCUCAGACUCCUUUUUUUCUUUGAUAUGAACAUAUUCAGUGCUAGUAUUUAAGGAGACUGUGGGGAGAGAGGAACAGAGCUGGUUCUCUAGGCUUGGGGUCAGGAUCUAGGUGCCCCUGCAAUCCCCUUCCUUCUCCAGUCCAGCCUCUGCAAAGCCAGAACUGCUCCCACCAAGUCAUAACUGGGGACACUCAUUGCAGCCUGCCUUUUAGCAAGACUAGAAUCCAGCCCCCUUCCCUCACCCUUACCAUUGUGCCCUAAAGGACACCGCGUCAUUCCCUCCUGCCUUAUACAACCUUCCUGGGACCUCCAUAGCUGCCCCAUGGCCCCCAAGGUCCCGCAACUCCUUUUGUGGAUGGUCACUGCUGUUUCCUAGGGAUUCCGCGGUGCCCUUAGGGAGGAUGGGACCCAUUUGUGGAGCUAUGCGCAUGUCUGCCCCUCGAGUAGACAAACUGUUAAGCUAGUGAGCUGCCUGACCAGAUCCUUCUGUGCCAGGGAACUGUAUGGUACCAACGCCAGAAACAGCGGAGAAGGCAGGUUGUCUCAGAUGACAGAGACUCACAGUGGGUGAUCUUAGGGCAGACCCUGGGAGGCCUUGAGCUCUGCAUGUCAGGAACUCUCCUUCACUGAGAAAAGAAGGCAAGCCAUCUCCCUGUCAGGACAAUUGAGGAACUUCUCAGCCAAGAGUCCGCACAUAACUACAAUGUUGGUAACAAAAACAGUAAAGCAUUAAACCAGGGAUUUGGGGUGCUUUGUCACCACCUGGUGGCCGUCUAUGGUACUACAGCGCUAAGCACGCCCCCACUGAGGAAUCCGAGGAAGGAGAGACUAGGGAUGGUGUUUUCUGAGCUGGAAAGCUACUGCUCACAGCAGAUGGAGUUGACAGUGACAUUACUGAACUUUGAAUGCAUUUUACUCAAUCCUUAGACAAGAUACCUUUUUAGAAGGCAUUCCACUUGGCCAAGUGCAAAGGAUUGGUCUGUUGCUUUGUAUUAUAAUGCUAAAUUCUGUACCCAAAGGUCUACAGGCUUUUGUUGUGCAAACCUUCUUCCUUAAUUGUUUAAAUAAAAUGGCUGCAGU